GCGAGUUUGUGCGUCAAAGACGCGUCGACAUUUUCCACAGGCGUCGGCUCGCAGAAUUUGUUAGAAAUUGGACAAAAGUGACAGAAACCGGCUGGAUUUCUUCGGAGUAUUGAAACAAUCGUUCCCGUGCCUGUGGAUAGUACUACUUUCUCAAAUAUACUGUAGCUAUAGUGUAUCUCUCUCUGUCUUUUUCGUGCCCCCACUCCCUACUCCCCCUUGACCGCGGAUUAUUAUAAAGCAGCUACCAUCGACAUGUCGACCACAGACGCAGGAACCCCGGGGGCCCCUGAGGGAGAAGGGGGCCCCCCAGCCCCAGCCCCCAACCUCACCAGUAACCGACGACUGCAGCAGACGCAGGCACAGGUGGACGAGGUAGUGGACAUCAUGCGUGUGAACGUGGACAAGGUGUUGGAGAGGGAUCAGAGACUGUCGGAGCUGGACGACAGGGCCGAUGCUUUGCAGGCCGGGGCCUCACAGUUUGAGAGCAGCGCUGCCAAGCUUAAGAACAAGUACUGGUGGAAAAACCUCAAGAUGAUGAUUAUAAUGGCAAUCAUAGGAGUCAUAUGUGUUGGAGUUGUGUUCUUGUAUUUCUAUUAUUGAGCUGGUCUCUUCAGGGACGGACAACAAGCGCAAGACGAGAUACCAGAAUGAAGCCAAAUCCACCCUCAAUUCCCUCUCCUUCAUCCCUCUCUUCUUAACCGAUGCCUUCCAUCCAAAACCACCAUGCUCUUGUAGCCGUUGACGCAGUGCCUCACCCUCUUCUUUCUUCACAGUCGCUCUCUGCCGUUGUGCCCUUGAGCAAGGUACUUAACCCCUACAAAUGCUCUGCCGGCACUGCUCUGUGGCUGACGCUGUGCUGCUCCGGACAUUGUGGGUGUGUGUUGGUGUGUCAGGUUUGGUAUUGUCACAGCAAAUCGAUAAACGUCUGUUGUAAAAUGGACAAUAAAGUAUCUAUUCUAUUCUGUUGUUGCCGCUUUCUCCAACUCUCUUUUUUUGUCUCUCUUCAUCCCCCAUUUGUAAGUGUGUUUUCCCUUCAAAGUCCAAUGUAUGUGCUAUCCCAGAGGGUUUAUCACAUUUAUGGACUGUAUGGACGUCUCUAAUACAUUACCGGUCAAAAG